AUGAAGUGGAGAUCGCUACUCCUAAUCCUCCUGUUGUAUUCCAAUUGUAACGCCAACUCGAGUUCCAGUCAAGUUCGUCUUGCAAUAUAUUCUAGACGAGCUUUCAUGAAUCGUACGGCUUCAUCAAAAGAACAGUGGAGUGUGACAAGCCGUUCGACAACAGAUCUAGAAGACUAUACGCAGAGUAGCGACGUUUCGUUUCCAGAAACGACAGACAAUCCAAAAGGGUCUACGGUUACCACGGCUUCUGUGCCUUCCUACACCGGAAACACACAUACUUUUGCGCAGGGCAGUGUAGAAACACAUUUUACAACGACAGCGAGCACGGUUGACCAUGGAAGCUAUCUGAAUCAGCUUUCGCGCUCUCAAGCAUCGGAGUCUCCCUCAGUUCUGCCGGAAUCGACAGAAUAUUCUGGCACGGUUGAUGCGACGUUGUGGAUGGUUGACACCACGGAUUUCGGCCGCGUGUCAUCAACAUUAACUCACGUAACAGGUACGGACGAUCAUUCAAAUUAUUUUGUCACGUAUGACCAGAGUGUAGCCCUAUAUCACCCUAGUAGAUCAGGCCAAGGAGUCAGUCCUUCUCAAAUUGCUUCAACUCUAUCCAGAUCGAUUAAAACGGCCGGACAGCCAGGAAGUGCCGAAUACCAGGCUAUGGUAUCUAGCUUCGCUAUAACAUCGACGCCACUUUCAACCGACAAUGGCUGGCUUAUGGCUGCAGACGGCGAGACAGCUGACUUCAAUCCAUCCGCCGCCUCGCUCGAAACUAUUCCAAGCCUAUCAAUGGAUCUACCAUCGAACCCAACUUUACAGUCUCCGCCAAUAAUAAGUAGCUCCUAUCAUAGAGUUGUAUGGACAUCGCGCACUACAAUGAGCCCCGUCACCGCGCUGAAUUUGCCGAGCAAUACUGUCUUGGAGUCUGAUACAGCGGCUGUUAUCCAUAUAAUUGAGCCGGCCACCAUGGCAUCUCCCGCCCCCAUCGCUACGCCUACUAGUGAGAAGUCAAUCAAAACCACUGGAGACCAGACCCGGGCAUCAUCCGCCUUGUUCGAGCUCGAGGGGCUGGCAUCACCAACAGCAGAGGCAAUCACAGAGAUUGCUAGUGCCAGGUCCUCCUCAUUUAAUGGGUCUAGCGAUUUGACCCAUUUGUCUAAAACUACAAGGUCUACAGGAUCUACCAACAACAAAGCUAAUACCUCCAAGCAUCGUACGAAUGCGGCUCCAUCCUCAGACAGUGCCACCUCGACGGCAUCUGUUGUUGACGCGUUCGGCAAUAGCCUUUCGUCCGGCACGCAGACAGCUGCAGAUCGGGGAAGAACAGCUGGAAUCGCUGCUGCCACGGUGGCUGCUGUUGGAGCCUGUGGCGGAUUGACAGGUUUCAUCGCACUCAGAUACAAGCGUCGGCGCCAGAGAUGGUCGAUUGCGAGCUCCAGCCCAUCCUGGGUUGGUGUUCCACCAGUCAACGUGCCCUGUACCAGUACACGUGCUCUGCUCAGCCAGGGGUUCAUCACCCGGAGCUACGGGGUCACAAGCAAUACGAGAGACUCCAUGGGCCAGGAGGGAGGAACAAGGCCCCUGACUCCAGCUCGGCUUAUCUCGGGUCCAGUCACGACUGAGGACUCCCUUGGCUGGAGCUGA